UGCGUGCGGUACAGAGCGUUUCUAAAUCGUUGCUGCCAAGAUAACGUAUACGAGGCGUAUGCACAAUCCUAACUUAACUUUUAAAUUAAAGUGCAUUUAACUGCUUUAGUGCGUGAAAGGAAUUGCAAGUGGUAGGUGUGAAAAAUUGCAUAUAGGUAGCCAUCAAUUAAACAUUAUGGCGGAGCUCAGUGACAAGUUUAUUGUGAAGUAUCGCCAGCAGCUUUACGAUCUGUCCCAGUUUAUGCACAAACAUCCGGGGGGCAUUAACACACUCAAGGGUCUCAGUCAAGCGGAUAUAACAGCGCGUUUUCAAAAGGCGCCACCUCAUUCCGAUGCCGCCAUGUACCUGAUGCGAGAAUAUAAAGUGAAUGAUGGCGCUAGUCGAAGACUGGAGACAGCAAAACUCAAAGCUAUUGAAUUGCCGGAGCAGUCCAAUAGUUCAGAGGAGGAUAACAAUAAUAAUCACUUGGAUGAGAGCAUGGAGCAUCUUGUGGAUUGGUCAAAAGCUAUGCUGCCACAAAUUGGAAAAAUAACAAAACACUAUGACGAGUGGGUGCAUAAGCCUGUAGACAGACCGCUAAGAUUAUUCGGGCCGUGGUACCUGGAAAUGUGCACAAAAACACCUUGGUACAUUGUGCCCAUGUUUUGGUUGCCAGUCAUCAGCAUGAUCAUCUGGAAAGAAAUACAGAACAAUAAUCCUUCAACAUUUAUUGGUUUUUUCAUCUUGGGCAUAUUAUUUUGGACAUUAUUGGAAUAUACACUACAUCGAUUUGUAUUCCAUUAUAAAUUGAACAGCGAUAGCCAUGCGUGGAUUUGCACAUUACAUUUUAUGAUACAUGGCCUACAUCACAAAGUUCCCUUCGAUCCUUUGCGGCUUGUUUUCCCACCAGUGCCUGGAGUUAUUCUUUCUCUGCUUAUUUAUACGCCGAUAUCUUUUUUUGUAUAUCAUCCGCGUAUAAUUUUAAGUGGAGGUUUAUUUGGCUAUCUGUGCUAUGACAUGAUACAUUAUUAUUUACAUUAUGGCAAUCCACGUAAUUAUCACAUGUAUCACAUGAAGCGCUAUCAUUACCAGCACCAUUUUGCACAUCAAGAUCUCGGAUAUGGAAUUAGUACACCUUUGUGGGAUUUUAUAUUUAAGACACCCAUUCAUUUGCGUAAACUAAAAUAUCAACUGCGCUGGUCGUAAUUGUGAUUAUAUUAGCCUUUACAAAGAAACAAAUUUUAUUUAUUUU